GAGAGAAGGAGAAGGAUGAGAAGAAGGAGAAGGAUGAGAAGAAGGAGAAGGAUGAGAAAGAAGGAUGAGAAGAAGGAUGAGAAGAAGGAGAAGGAUGAGAAGAAGGACAGUUCUGUGACAGUUUCUGUCUGUGACAGAUCUGGGACAUUCACUCCAUACAGCUGUUUUAAACCGCUGUAUGGAGGGAAUGUCAUGGAACUGUCAGAAAUAGACUAUUAAUGACAGUUGUGGGACUGUCCUUCCAUACAGCGGUUUUGAACGCUGCAUGGAAGGACAGUCCCAGAACUGUCAUUAAUAGUCUAUUUCUGACAGUUCCAUGACAUUCCCUCCAUACAGCGGUUAAAACAGCUGUAUGCAGUGAAUGUCCCAGAACUGUCAUAAAUAGUCUAUUUCUGACAGUUCUGGGACAUUCACUCCAUACAGCGGU